AAAGCAUAAGAAGAGAAGAACCGAAGAAGAAGCAAAGGAAGCACUGAUAAAUCUCUGCAACUCCAGAAAUUCGGAGAUUAGCUAUGGCAGGUUCUUCAUCUUCGUCUUCGUUAAUCUCCAAAUCGGACGGUGAAUUGGAGGAAAUGCUCGAUCGGAUGCUGACGAGACUCGCUCUUUGCGACGACUCCAAGCUCGAAUCCCUAGUCUCUAACCUCCUUCCUCUUACCAUAUCUUCUCUGUCUUCUCAAUCUCCAGUUGUUCGAAACAAGGUUCUUGAGAUACUGAGUCAUGUUAACAAGAGAGUGAAGCAUCAGCAUGAAAUUGGUUUGCCUUUGUUGGCUUUAUGGAAAUUGUACACCGAUCCUGCUGCUGCUCCUAUGGUUAGGAACUUUGCUAUUGUCUAUGUUGAGAUGGCUUUUGAACGAGCUCCUGCCAAGGAAAGGGAGGAAAUUGCACCUAAUACACUGGAGAAUGUUUCAAAGCUUCCUAAGCAGCAUCAAGAGAUUAUUUUGAGAAUUGCUAUUAAGGUCAUUGGAGAAUGUCAUGCAAGCAAGAUCAGUGAUGAUGUCUCUGCGAAGUAUAGAUCUCUGAUUACUUCUCAGGAUAAAGACUUGUUUCUGGAUUUUUGCCUUCAUAUGCUUUUGUAUCAACCAUCUUCUCAAGGAGGUGGAUCUUCUCCUGGGCUUUCAGUAUUUCAAGUUAAUCGUAUAAUCGGAAAACAAGCAUUAAAAGGAGACAUACUUACAAAACGAAAGUUGGGGAUCUUGAAUGUCAUUGGAACCAUGGACCUGCCUGGUGAAUCUGUAUAUCCAUUGUACAUUGCUGCAUCAGUGGAUAGUCAAGAACCUGUAGCUAAGAGAGGGGAAGAGCUUCUAAAAAAGAUAGCUUCUGGAACAAAUUUGGAUGAUCCCAAGUUGAUAAACAGACUGUUCAUACUAUUCAAUGGCACUACAGGCACUGAAAAUGUUGCUCCGGAACAUAAUGUAGCUCCAGGAAAUAUAUCCUUGAAAAUGAAGCUCAUGUCUGGUUUCUGUCGGUCCAUUGCAGCUGCAAAUAGUUUUCCUGCAACAUUGCAGUGCAUAUUUGGCUGCAUGUAUGGCAGUGGAACAACCUUAAGGCUAAAGCAAAUGGGAAUGGAGUUCACCGUGUGGGUUUUUAAGCAUGGGAAGAUAGAUCAGUUGAAACUUAUGGGACCUGUUAUACUGAAUGCUAUUCUAAAAAUGCUUGAUGGUUCUACAGGCUCAGAAACAGAUGCUCUAUCAAGGGAGACCAAAAUAUUUUCUUUUCAAGCUAUUGGUUUACUUGCACAACGUUUGCCCCAGCUUUUUAGAGAAAAGACUGAAAUGGCUGUUCGUCUUUUUGAUGCGCUGAAGUUAGAAACCCAAUCUCUUCGUUCAACCAUCCAGGAGGCAAUAAUUUCUCUUGCUGCUGCAUACAAGGACGCCCCAGAGAAUAUUCUCAGAGACUUAGAGGUGCUUCUGCUAGCAAAUUCUCUGACGGAACAAAAUGAAGCUCGCUUUUGUGCUUUGCGAUGGGCAACUUCUUUGUAUAAUUCACAACAUUGUCCAAGUCUCUAUAUUUGCAUGCUGAGCGCAGCAGAUCCGAAGCUAGAUAUAAGGGAAAUAGCACUCGAAGGACUCUUUCUGAAAGAAGAAGGUCGCAGUAUAGUCUCUAAUCAUAACCAUAAAUACCCAAAAUUUAAUGAGAUGCUGGAGUACAUUCUCAAGCAACAGCCAAAACUGGUAGAUUCUUCAGAAAUGAGAAGCCAGAAGCUUCUCUUUCCCUCGCAAGUAUAUCUGGUCAUGAUAAAGUUUUUAGUGAAGUGUUUUGAGUUAGAGAUGGAGGAGAGCAAUACCCAGGCAGUAGGGACUGAAUUUUUGGAUUCCGCACAAAAAAUGUGUUCUUUGUUGGAACAUUCCUUGGCAUUCGAAGGCUCGGCUGAACUGCAUGCUUGUGCUUCUAAAGCAUUGGUUUCAGUUGGCUCUUACCUUCCGGAGAUGGUUGAACUUUACUUUUCCCGAAAAAUUGUGUGGCUAAGAAGUCUGCUUAGUCAUACAGACUUGAGUACUCGUGAAUCUGUAUCACGAUUACUCGGAAUGGCAUCCUGUGCUCUGUCUGAUGCUGAAUCAUGUUCCUUGCUCUCUGAAUUGAUAUCUUCAAUUUCCCAACCGCAGAAGUUAAGGUUUGAGGCACAGCAUGGGGGAUUAUGCGCUGUAGGAUUUGUUUCAGCACACUGUUUACAUAGAAUCCCCACUGUUUCUGAAGCAGUUACUCAAAAUGCGGUUAAAUGUUUGGGGGAUGUUGUUAAUUUAGAGACUGCACCACUGGCUUCUGUUGCUAUGGAAGCUUUGGGUCAUAUUGGGAUUUGUGGCGCAUUACCUCUUCUUGUUAAUGAUUCUAGUCCAGGGACUCAAGUGCUGGAAGUUCUUCAAGAAAGAUUGAGCAAGCUACUAUCUGGUGAUGAUAUAAAAUCAGUUCAGAAAAUUGCUCUUUCUCUUGGACAUAUCUGUUCAAAUGAAACGUCAUCUUCGCACUUGAAAAUAGCGCUUGAUCUUUUAUUUAGCCUUUCACGGUCAAAGGCUGAAGAAAUUUUGUUUGCUGCGGGUGAGGCGCUAUCUUUCCUCUGGGGUGGUGUACCAGUUACUGCUGAUAUGAUUCUGAAAACUAAUUAUACUUCUCUUUCGACGGACUCAAAUUUUCUGAUGAAAGAAGUUAAAUCUUUGUCUGAUGUCAAAACUGAUUCUGAGGAAGAUAGCCGUACCAUAACCAGAGAAACAAUUACUGGAAAACUCUUUGACACUCUUCUGUAUAGUAGCAGGAAGGAGGAACGAUGUGCUGGAACUGUGUGGAUGCUGUCUUUGACCAUGUACUGUGGCCAGCAGCCAUCAAUCCAAAUAAUGCUUCCUAAAAUCCAGGAAGCUUUCUCACAUUUGUUAGGUGACCAGAAUGAACUUACACAGGAGCUGGCAUCCCAGGGCAUGAGCAUCAUCUAUGAACUUGGUGAUGCAUCAAUGAAGAAAAGCCUGGUAGAUGCUCUGGUAAAUACUCUAACUGGCACAAGCAAAAGAAAACGAGCUAUAAAGCUUGUUGAGGAGUCUGAAGUGUUUCAAGAGGGAACUAUCGGUGAGAGUCCCAGUGGAGGGAAGAUUAGCACUUACAAGGAGCUUUGUAAUCUUGCAAAUGAAAUGGGGCAACCUGAUUUAAUUUACAAAUUUAUGGACUUAGCCAAUCACCAAGCUUCUCUUAACUCAAAGAGAGGAGCUGCUUUUGGGUUCUCCAAGAUAGCCAAGCAAGCAGGAGAUGCUCUUCGACCACAUUUGCGACUGUUGAUUCCGAGGUUGAUUCGUUACCAAUAUGAUCCUGACAAAAAUGUGCAGGAUGCGAUGGCACACAUUUGGAAAGCACUGAUACAAGACCCGAAGAAAGCUGUCGAUGAACAUUUGAAUCACAUCUUCGAUGAUCUGCUAGUACAAUGUGGUUCACGGCUUUGGCGCUCCCGUGAGGCAUCCUGUUUGGCUCUUGCUGAUAUUAUUCAAGGGCGGAAAUUUGACCAGGUCAAGGAGCAUUUGAAAAAACUAUGGAUAGCUGCCUUCCGAGCUAUGGAUGACAUUAAAGAGACUGUGAGAAAUGCUGGUGAUAAGUUAUGUCGUGCUGUGACAUCCUUAACGAUAAGGAUCUGUGAUGUCACGCUUACCGAACUAGCAGAUGCAAAACAAGCAAUGGAUAUUGUUCUUCCUUUUUUGCUUUCCGAAGGAAUAAUGAGUAAAGUCACCAGUGUACGUAAGGCUUCAAUUGGAGUUGUUAUGAAGCUUGCAAAGGGUGCAGGAGUUGCCCUCCGUCCACAUUUGUCCGACCUAGUUUGCUGUAUGUUGGAAAGUUUGUCUAGUCUUGAAGACCAAGGACUUAACUAUGUUGAGUUGCAUGCUGCCAAUAUUGGCAUAGAAACGGAGAAACUUGAAAAUUUACGAAUUUCAAUCUCGAAAGGCUCUCCAAUGUGGGAAACUCUUGAUCUGUGUAUUAAUAUAGUGGAUAUUGAAUCACUUGAUCAAUUGAUCCCUCGUCUCACGCAACUUGUUCGGGGUGGUGUUGGCCUCAAUACGAGGGUUGGUGUUGCCAGCUUUAUCUCAUUGCUAGUUCAAAAAGUCGGUACCGAGAUAAAGCCGUUCACUGGAAUGCUGCUAAAACUUUUGUUUCCUGUUGCCAAGGAGGAGAAAAGUUCUUCUGCAAAACGUGCCUUUUCGAGUGCUUGUGGCAUUGUAUUGAAGUAUUCUAGCCCCUCUCAAGCUCAAAGCUUAAUCGAAGAAACUGCAGCUCUGCACUCUGGUGAUAGAAGCUCCCAGAUCGCAUGUGCGAGUCUUUUCAAAAGCUUCUCAUCUACAGCUUCUGAUAUUAUGAGCAGUCACCAGUCGGCUAUUGUUCCAGCUAUAUUUAUUUCCAGAUUUGAGGAUGAAAAACAAAUUUCUAGUCUCUUUGAGGAGGUGUGGGAAGAUAUCACAAGUGGUGAAAGGGUCACACUACAGUUGUUUCUGCAAGAAAUUGUGAAUCAUAUUUGCGAGAGCAUCACAUCAUCAUCAUGGGCAAGCAAGAAAAAGUCUGGUAAGGCGAUAUGCAAACUAGCUGAAGUCUUGGGUGAAUCAUUAUCUCCACACCACAAGAGAUUGCUGCAAUGUCUUGUCAAUGAAAUUCCUGGACGAUUAUGGGAGGGAAAGGAUGCUCUUUUGGAUGCCCUAGGUGCUCUUUCUGUCGCUUGCCACGAGGCAAUAACUAAGGAGGACCCAACAACUCCCACUACCAUCUUGAGUCUUAUCUGUUCUGCAUGCAAAAAGAAACUCAAGAAAUAUCGCGAGUCAGCCUUUUCUUGUCUGGAGAAGGUCAUAAUAGCUUUUGGCGAUCCAAAGUUUUUCCAUGCCGUUUUCCCGAUGUUGUAUGAGAUGUGUAGUACUGCCUCUGUCAAAACGAGCACCCAAGUUCAGGCAACAAGUGAUACUGUCAAAACAGAAUCAGAAAACGGAGAAGACGGACAAGUCCCACUUGAAAAAAUUAUGGAAUGCGUCAAGUCUUGCAUCCAAGUGGCAACUAUAGAUGAUAUUCUUAGCGCGAAAGCAAACUUGAUUCAUGUUCUUUUAAUUUCCUUAUCACCUGGUUUUCUGUGGACUGUAAAAAUGUCUGGAAUUUCAUGUGUGGGAAAGCUUUGUUCAAGGUUUCAGAGUCUAUGGACUGACUCCAUGGAUGACCUUUCACCUAGUGAUGCGACAAAAUUCGUUCAUGAGUUAUUUCACUCACUAGUUCCUAAACUACUGGAAUGCAUUCACACUGUGAAGAUAGCACAGUUUCAUGUGGCUGCUUCCCAAUGCCUGCUCGAGCUCAUCGAACUGUAUAGCACAGUCUCGUCUUUGCAUCCCGUGGAAGUAGAUUUCAAGGCUGAGGUUGUCUCUUUACUUGAACUCGAGAAGAGUGAAGAAGCCAAGUCGUUGUUGAGAAAAUCCAGGGAUGCUCUUGCAAAUCUCCCCUCGUUAAACUAAGCAAACACAGGAAAGAUUUUAGUUUUAUGCCUUAAUUGAUAUAAAUGGGAAUCGAAUUA